AUGAUGAAAGUCUUCAAGCUACCGCGUUACACAGCGACAGUUACCAAGCAACUAGGCCUCCUCUUCGGCAUAUUCCUCAUUUCCAUCUGGUGGGUAAUCGUGCCUCUGGGACAGCACAGCAUACCGCCCGGCUUCCCGCUCCAUGUCCAAGACGCAUGGACCAAGAUCUCAGAUGCCCCAAGGGAGGUAGUCGGCCCGUUCAAUGCCUCGAAACUAGCUCUCAUGGUGGAAUCAAGACCGCUGCCGCGUCUUGCACCGCUGAUUCUGCACACGAUGGCGGUUGUACCUCCUGACUGGCGCUUUCUCUUCAUCGGUUCAUCAAAGAGCGUAUACAGCGUGGGAAAAUCCAAGGCCAUUCAGUUCCAUAAGAACUCUGGGAAACUCGAGUUGAUGAAGGUGCCGGAACCGUGGAAGCUGGAGAGUCCCGAGGAUGAGUCGAGGUUACUAACUGAUGCGCGGCUUUACGAAGAAGUUCUUCCAGAUGUGGAGUGGAUACUCAAGUUUGGUCAUGAUGGUAUAUUGUGUGCAAAUUCAGCUGUCAGCUUGGACGAAUGGCUUUCUUGGAGCUGGGCCGGUGCCUUGCGGAAAGCCCAUGGUGACAGGCUCUCGGACACGGGUGGCCUAUCAUUACGCCGAGCUUCAGCGGUUCGCCGUAUCCUCAGCUUCCAGCGGCGCCGGAACAACUCUGAACCAGAGGACGUAUGGUUCAGAAAACGCAUUGCAGCUCUGCCGGGAGAAAAAGUCGCGUCCAAUUUCCAUGGCAUCAUAUCGGCAGAUCAUGUCUUCCCUCGUGAACUGAUGGGAUAUCACGUUACAGCAUGGAAUACAUGGCCUGACCGUGGGGCACGGACGAACAGGAACAUGAAACAGAUUCUUGAAUACUGCCCCGAGUUAAGCAUGAUACUCGACAUGAGUGUUGAUGAAGGAGAUAUUCCUGCUAGUUCUGUUCGGGAACGAAAAAAGCCGUCGGUGGAAGCAAAAACGAAACAUGACGGCAUAUACGUCGUCAAAGACGACGACAAGGUGAAAAGCAAGGGCUUGAUCUAUCCACCUCAGCCGGCACCCCUCCCGCUUCUACAUUCAGAGUAG